AUGGGAUCAAGCUUCAAAUCCAACAGCGGUUCUAUCGAAAGGGCCAACUUGGAUGGAUCUGACAGGAGAGUUGUUGUUCCUGUGGGAACUUCAGGUGUCUUCACACCGAAACAAAUCACCAUCGCGAAGAGAAGCCAGAAGCUGUACUGGUGCGACAGAGAAGGCAUGAAAGUCAUGCGAGCAAAUCUCGAUGGUUCUGAGGUUGAGAUUCUUAUUUCGACAGGGAAUACCGAGGCAGAUAUGCUAGAUCAAUCAAGGUGGUGCGUCGGCAUUGCCGUGGAUGAGCGGCGAGGCCUCUUCUACUGGACUCAAAAAGGUCCAUCAAAGGGCAACCAGGGUCGUAUUCUUCGAGCGCCGAUCGAUCCAGCUUCGGGCGCCAGCGAGUUGGUCCGAGACAUUGAAGUGGUCUUUGAGAAGCUGCCGGAGCCGAUUGACCUUGAACUCGACGAAGAUAUCAGUAUGCUGUACUGGACAGAUCGCGGAGAUCCCCCCAAAGGCAAUUCUCUCAACCGAGCAAAUGUGGAACUGGGAGGAAAGAUUGAGAUUUUAGCAAUUCGCUUGCACGAGACGAUCGGUUUGGCUUUGGAUAAGAACGCGAGCCUGGUGUAUGUGACCGACCUGUCUGGUGGUAUAUAUGCCAUCGAUGUCAACAAAAAGGAAAAGGCGGUUUUAUUUGCAGAAUUGGGUGAUACCACUGGAAUUGCUGUAGCAUAA